UUGCACCCUGCGUAAGGAUAGAGAAUCACAUCUGCUUCCAGUACUGAAACCACCCAGGAUGUUAUUUUCGGCAGCAGAUUUUUUCAGAAAUGACCCCCACCCCCCUCUUAUAGGAGUCUACGAUCACCUGGAUAUCUUCAUAAGAGGAAGCUGAAGGAUGGACAAGUGCGGCAUAUUAUCAGCAGCCCUACUGCUGCUAUUUGCUGUAUAUGUAACAGGGCAGUAUUAUAUUGAGGAAGAACGCACUUUGUUAGAUAACAAAUGCAAAUGCAUCCGCGUAACCUCAAAAUUUGUUCCAUCAACGGAAAACCCAGACGAAAUGAUUUUAGAACGGAAUAUUGAAAUAACGAUUCCAUCAGGUAGCAGAAAGAACAUUUCAGACCUCUAUUCACCACUCAGAACACAUUUUGUUUAUAAUUUGCACGACCUGUGCCAAAAAUGUGAUCCUUUACCUCUUGAACUUAACGGACAACCGGUUCUAGUGUCUCAGGCUAGUUGUAGUAAAUCGGAUGACGAGUGCUACACCUAUGAUCGCAACAAGUGCUACACUACUGACGUCAACUUCAGAUACAAAGAUCAGAUCAUAACGAAGAAAGUACCAUUGAAUCCUGAAUCAUGUUAUGAAUAAAACAUGAAACUACCAGGCAUCUAAAGAAUUUGGCAAAAAAGCUCAUUGAUUAUUGGGUUUU